AACCUUCUUUUUGCUUCUUUAUGGUCACCACGUCGUUAAUCCCAGCUAGAGGCCGGUCACCACACUACCGCUGGACUUGCUCUAACUGAAACGGAGGAUCAUGUCAAAAACGACGUCACGGCGAAAUUAGUGGGUUACGUGUCCGAGUCGACACAGGUGGACGCUGACGUGGCGGUCAGAGAUGAAGACCUGGACUGCAUUACACGACAUGUCGUCGUUUCUGGGCAGAAGCUUUCUCUAUCUGAGUAUCUGUCCAUGGGGUUCGAGUAGAGCUGAGGCAAGGGAACACACUCAGGGUUGGCGCUGCUGCUUCUAGCAGGCUCUAUAGGCUUCACUGGAUUCCUUUGAGCCACGCCUAUGAACAAGACGCACUCAGGGAUGGCUGAGGAGGCUGAAAAGCUUAAAGAUGAAGUAGACGCACUGCAACAAGAAAAGUCAAGGUGCUCAUUCCAGGAGAAAGAGGUUGACAGCUUCGAGAAGGAUUUAGAUAUAACAGACCUGUCUGACCUGAAGGCUCAAGUAGUCAGCGUCAGUAGUAUGGUUGAACAAUUAAGAUUGCACAAGGCUGAGCUUGAUCAUGGGAAGUCGCAGGAUGUUAGGAGUCAGUACACUGCAUCUGUUGUGAGUAGUUACAAGUUAGUGGAGGACAUCAGUCCAUCUGCAUCAGAAAAUUCCACAGUUGUAACAUCUAAAACUGCAUCUCCAGUUUGCUUCUCAUAUAGUAAGAAUUCUUUGUGCAAGGCGAUGAAAUACAAAUGUCGAUCCAAGGGUGGAAGCUGUGGUGACUCAUGUGGCUGUGCAGUAUCUAAGUGCAGCAAUAGGAAAGCAGUCCCAAUCAAGUCGAGUGACUCGCCAGUAUCAGAGAUUUCUAAUGGCGUUCUGAAUAGUUCAAACACCAGUGAAACAGUGAAGAGUAGCAUAGAGGCUUCUAAAGGUGCAAUGCUACUUCAGAGUACACUAGUUCAGAAGGCUGCUGAACUAGCAGGGAACUUUGGGAACAUAUUGGUAUACUUCAUUACCUUUUCAAUUUCCACUUUAUAUUCUUAGGAAGCUUAAAAUUUUGUAGUAUCUGAUAGAUUAACUUAAUGUUAUCUCUUAAGUACUUUGCUUCCUGCUCUCUAAUGGUGUUCUUACUAAUUAUUAUCUGGCCCACA